GCCCUGGCUGCAUUAAUGACAUACAAAUGCGCCGUAGUGGAUGUUCCUUUUGGUGGUGCCAUGACAGGUGUGAGGAUUGAUCCAAGGAAAUACUCGGAACAUGAGCUGGAGAAAAUAACAAGGCAUUUUACUGUAGAGAUGGCCAAGAAGGGAUUUAUAGGGCCUGGGAUUGAUGUGCUGGCCCCCGAUGUCAGUACCGGGGAACGGGAGAUGUCCUGGAUAGCUGACACCUAUACCCACACACUGGGGUACGGGGACAUCAGUGCCCAGGCGUGUGUGACAGGAAAGCCCAUCAGCCAGGGAGGCAUCCAUGGGCGACACUCUGCCACCGGGAGAGGUGUCCUGCAUGGCAUUGAGAACUACAUCACCAACACAGACUACAUGGACUGCAUCGGCCUGAGCCCCGGCUUCCCCGGCAAGACCUUUGUGCUGCAGGGCUUUGGCAAAGUGGGGCUGCACACCAUGAAGUACCUGCAUGAUUACGGAGCCCACUGCAUCUGUGUUGGGGAGACAGACGGAGCCAUUUACAAUCCUGGAGGGAUUGACCCCAAGGAGCUAGAAGACUAUCAGCAGGGCCAUGGCACCAUAGUUGGCUUCCCAAAAGCAGAGCCCUAUGAUGGCAGCGUCCUGGAGGUGCCCUGCGACAUCCUCAUCCCUGCCGCUAUUGAGAAGCAGCUCACAAGGGAGAAUGCACCCUGGGUGCAAGCAAAGAUCAUUGCAGAAGCUGCCAAUGGCCCCACUACACCAGCAGCACACGAGAUAUUCCUGCAAAGAAACAUCCUGGUCAUCCCGGACGUGUAUGUGAAUGCAGGUGGUGUGACUGUGUCCUUCUUUGAGUGGCUGAAGAACCUGAACCACGUUAGCUACGGCUGCCUCAGCUUCAAGUACGAGCGGGAAUCCAGCUACCACCUCCUGCAGUCAGUUCAGCACAGCCUGGAGCAGUGGUUUGGCAAGGCCAGAGGGGAGAUCCCCAUCAUCCCGUCCCCAGAGUUCCAGGCCCGUGUGACUGGUGCCUCAGAGAAGGACAUCGUGUAUUCGGGACUGGCCUACACCAUGGAGCAGUCAGCCAAGCAAAUUAUGACCAUGGCUGCAAGGUACAACCUGGGCCUGGACCAGAGAACUGCUGCCUACCUGUGCGCUCUGGAGAAGGUAUUCACCGUGUACAACGAGGCCGGUUUCACCUACUGACACAGCAGCUGGCAGGGCUGCCCCUGGCAUCACUGCCAGCCGUACAGUGAGGGUCACAGUCCUGCUGCGCAGGGAGUGCCCCGGACACCGUAGUCUCUAUAAAUGGUUGGUUUGAGCAGAUUGUCUCCCUGCUGCCUGGCUCUUAGCUCUCCUGGGCAGGGGGCUGUCUUCCCCCACACUCCACCUCUGCCCCAGCCCCUUUACAGCCUCCUGGGCACUGGAAGAAGCCGUGCUAAUGCUGGUUUUGCUCUGCUUGCCCACGGCUGGCAGAAUCGGACAAGGGAAGGAAAAAGUACAAUUACCUCUAGGGGAGGGGACAGCCCACAGCAAAGCCAGCCCCAGGCACAGACGUCUUGGUCCACUGAAUAACACACGGUGGGUGCUACAAGCACUGCUGCAACUGGCGCAGACACAGGGAGCAGAGCCAGGGUGGGGAUUUGCAGGCAUCAGCAAACCUGUUGUGUGUUCGUGCUGACUGCUGCAGCUUCACUCUUUGCCGGCAAAGCUGGCAAGCCAGCACGGGUAGGGGAUUUAAUCUGAUAUUCAUGGUGGGGAGACUCAGCCCUGCCUCUCACCCCGGCCUGUGCUGCAGUCAAGGGGCUGGAGGCUGGCUGGGGACUCAGGCUGGGUUGGUGGCCCUGCCCUGGGGGAGCUGAAGGCCCAAGGACUGCGCUCUGGGGUGGGCACAGGACCCCCUGCUGUGGUGGACACCGCUUAGUGGUGUGUGGCAGUCACCUGCCCUUGAGGUGGUCACACUGCAGCUGAGCAAGCUGCAGGUGCCAGCCAUGUCCCUGGCCCCCUGAGGGGAGCAGGGUCACAUAGGAAGGUGGGGACAGCAGAGAGGCUCCCCUUUGCUCUGCACUUCUAGCACAAGAUCAGGGUGCGUCUCUAGGAGGUACCUUACAAACGGCAGCACAUCCUGCUGCAGGGAGUACUGGGAGAAGCCUGCACCCAGCCCCUGAACCCUCUCUGCUAGCACAGCCAGUGUCUCCUGGGAGGGAACCAGUGCUCGAGCCCAGGAUUGUGUCUAGCCUCGUCCUGGCUCAGGGUCCUCAGCCCCAAAUGGCCUCCUGCAUUCACCUGCAGAUGCAAAGCACUGCAGCCAGCACACAGGCAGGUGGCACGGGGACACUGCCUGCGCCCCAGGCCUCAGCCAGAGCGCAGCUGGAGGCCAGGGCACGGUCAGCUGCUGCUGACGCAGCAGCGAGCAGACAGCAAGGCAUCAUGUCCUCACGAGGACCCAGUCCUGCCCACUCUC